CGCUUUCUGCACCCGGAAGUGCGUGGCCGGUUGAAAAAACAUGGCGCACAGGGAACCGAUCACUGCAUUAUUAUUGAUAUUUUUAAGACAAUCUGUUUUAAAAUAUGUUCUUUCUGCUAUUUUAAUUUGUAUAAGCGUAGUAACAGUUAGUACUCAUGAUGACGUGUUCAGUGCAAGUCACGCCGUCAACUCGCAGAUGGCUAGAGCAAGAGACAUACGGUAUCUGCUAUACGAUGUGAACCCACCUGAGGGUUUCAACUUGAGGAGGGACGUCUACAUACGCAUGGCAUCCCUCGUGAAGACCCUUAGGAAGGAUGGAGAGGACUGGGUCCUGGUCCUGCCCCCAUGGGGUCGUCUUUAUCACUGGCAGAGCCCCGACAUCCACCAGGUUCGCAUCCCCUGGGGAGAGUUCUUUAGCCUCCCAAGCCUGCAGGUCAAUGUGCCUGUCGUGGAGUUUGAAGACUUCAUAGCUGAAUCCGGCGGCCCGUUCGUUGACCAAGUCCUGGUACUGCAGAACUACGCAGAGGGAUGGACGGAUGGCAAGUGGGAGGAGAAAGUAGACGAGCGUCCCUGCGUUGACAAACUAAUGUACUCCAAAGAUCAACAGGGCUUCUACAGGGGCUGGUUUUGGGGCUACGAGGAGACGCGGGCUCACAAAGUCAUGUGUAUGUCUGCACAAGGCCAUGCUUCCAUCAUCGCCCCCGUCCUCCACAGUAACAUCACAGUCACAUCAGUUAUGUUGGACCGUGCGGAGACCGUUCUACAUGACCAUUAUGCUGGCAAGGACUACUGGAGUACGCGACGAAGCAUGGUGUUUGCUAAACACUUACGGCUCAUUGGAGAUGAUUUCCGGGCCAAGUACCUCAACUCCACCGACGACAGCGACCACACUGUGUACAACGAGGACUGGACUCGUAUGAAGGCUGAGCUGGGCUCGGCUGAAGGUGGGGCUUAUCUUGGAGUGCACCUGCGCCGAAAGGACUUCAUCUGGGGUCACAGGAAAGACGUGCCCAGCCUCAAAGGCGCAGUCAAGAAGAUCCGUACCCUGAUGAAAAAGCACAAAUUAAACAAGGUCUUUGUUGCGACGGAUGCAGAUGAUGAAGAGCUGGAGGAUUUGAAGAGGAUGCUGCCAGAGAUGGUUCGGUUUGAGCCAACCUUGAAGGAUCUAGAGCUCCUUAAAGAUGGAGGAGUGGCCAUAAUUGACCAGUGGAUUUGUGCACAUGCCAGAUUUUUCAUUGGGACCUCCGUAUCGACGUUCUCAUUCCGAAUACACGAAGAGCGCGAGAUCCUUGGCUUGGACCCUAAAUCCACAUAUAACCGGUUUUGUGGGGAUCAAGAGAAAGAAUGCGAACAGCCCACCCACUGGAAAAUCGUCUACUGAUGCCACAAAACAUUGUUGACUGUAUUGAUGUUUAAGUGCCAAUAGCAGUGUUAAAGUGAAGCAAAUAUUUGCAUUAUAGCAGUAGGAGGAAUCUUCAAAUAUGCUCUCAGAAUAUUAUGUUACAUUUUACGUUUUUUCCAGAAAGGUGAUACCCUCUUUAAGACGAUGUGUGUUGAAAUGCCAAGACGUAUGAAUGGAGAAAACCAUUCCAUUUUAAUUGUGUCUUAUCUGUUACCCGUUUAGUAUUGUAUGUUUUUGGCUAACUUUCUUAUGCUUUUGUGAAUGACGUAAAAUUAUGUUUUCUUUUUAUGAAUGAUGGUGUUUCAAUCCCCUGUAAAAUAAAUGUGUCAUUUACAUUUCCUUUU